AAGAAGAGGGUGGUGUAGAAGUACUGCUUCAUGCUGGCGCUGUAGAUCCGUCUCUCCUUGGAGACCAGCUCAGUGACUAGUACACCUGACUCAAAAACAGAACAGGGUCCAUCAGACUCCACGUUUAUAAAGCCUGUUGGGCGAGUAGAGGUGGUGUAUAUGCUUUUAGACUAACCUGUAAUGACUCCAGCAAUAACCUGGUGUGGUAAGUGGGCAGCCAUGUAGACCCUAGACAUGCAGACCACCAGCUCCACCAGGCCCAUUAGCAUCCACAGGCCUAUCUGCAAGAAUCUGACAAGAGAGUGGGUACUGAACGUGGGCCCCAGAGGAUCAGAGGACAGCAGAGUUGAGGGUUUUUAUUUGACUCCCAAGAGCCAUUUUUCAAAUAAAUGAAUGAUUGUAUUACCACAGACUCACUUGUAGAGUAAAGGGGGGCAUCGCUUCUCCGUUGCAGUAGAGAGCAGCGCUGUUACCAUCACAUACCAGACGCCGGCUGCACCCAUGGCAUGACCUGAAGGACUUCCUGCAAGAGCAGACUCAUUCUUACUUAAACAGACUCAAGCAGGCUUAUCCUCAGGCUUUAUAGGCUCCAGUGUCAUCUCCGGAGGUCUGGUGUGAACUGUAACUGGUCCAGUCUCACACGUGAUGGGGAACUGCUGCAGAGAAGGGGCCGGAGCUGCUCGGUAAAACUGGGUCUCGUGAACCCACCAGUAGGGUCUCUCCCCAAAAAGAACCCUGCCGUGGAGAGACCGAGGGACUCAAACUACAACUCUGUCUCUCUCUUCAUGUGAUUUUUCGACUUGACUUCACCGUCGCAUUCGAGCGGAUUACCAUUUCAGCACCAAGUUGAGCCAGUCUCCGAUGACAGCCACCCAGAUGAGCCUGAGCCCCGUGUCCCCCCGCAGGUGGAACCAGACUGGGAACAACCAGAAGAACGCGGUGUGCAGAUCGGCCACUGUGGACGCCAGGCUAAACAAGCCCUCGUACCUGCUGUAUCUGGUCUGCAGAUGGAUCGCAAGCUCAACCCCCCCAGCUGUGGAGAAGAUCCAUGAUAUCACAGCCCAGACCUCUGAUGAUGGUGGAUGAUGAGGAUGAUGCACUGAGUCCGGGGUGUUUUGCCUUUUUUUUUUGUUGGUUAGGUUGCUGCCAGGUUCUUUCAGGCAGUCCUCUCUGCUCUGCCACUGUGUGAUCGCCAUUGGACUUUACUCAAGGCUAGCAAAUUUGUUUCCCUUUGGGACAGUACAGACAGGUUCCUUAACCUUUACACCCCCCUGAGGCCCCUGAGAGUAAAAUCCAACAUCACAGACAUCAGCUGCAGCCCCUCCGACGGAUCACAGAUUUCUAGGAGAACCUUAUUUUUCCUUCGAUCAAUGAAAAUAAAGUAGCUUCCGUUUUCACUCCAAACCAUUUGCCAGUGAAAUCCAUUGAUCUUGGCUGACAAUUUAUCUUCUGCGUCAUGUGAAUGGUGUUACAGUUAAUCACAUUUUUCCUCCUACUUGUGCUUGGGACCCACGACGUGAAAAAUGAUAACAUUCUCACCACCGCCAUGUCCCUCGAAAGAAGAUAAGAAUAUGAGCUCAUCUGCGGGGAUGUCCCUGCCACUCACAUUUGUCGCAACAGAGCAGAAACUUGAGCUCGACCUACAACCUGCCAAUCUGCUCCUUCUGUUUUAUCAGCGACUAUCUCCUCAGCUUCUACUUGGUCCAAACCCAGUCAUUUAAUCAUUGAUCUCCUUAUGUAACCUAGAAAUGGGUUACUCCAUCGUUCUGAGCGUUCUGAGAUGUUUUCACCAAAUCAUCAAAAAAACAAUUGCAUAACCGAGAGAUUAUUACUCAGCGGCUGCGUGAAUGUGGAAGAAAUAACAUGGAAAAAGUGUCCCUUACUGUCAGUUUUGGUCCAAACCUGAGCACUGUUGAGUACAUUCUAAGAAAUAAAGAAGACGUAGCUGAUAUUCAAAAAAUACAUUACAGCUCAAUUAAAAGCAAAUGUCACUCUGCAAACUGUUGGUUUGUAUAUGAUUGGUUUAAUUUAGGUCACAAUUGUGAAACACAGCCACUGGUCAACUGACUUCCUCCCUCUACGUUACGUACAGUGGUUCAGUGAGAAAGAUACCGAUUGACGUUUUUUUUUUUCUCCUGCUAUCUUUUCCACUUGUUUGUGUGACAAGCCUCCAAAACUCUCCUGACUCCCAGCGUUUUAUUACACAUGUGCAAGGUCCAAAGAUCAGUGUGAGCAUGCGUCUGGGUAGUGGGUCCCGCUGGUAUAAAACUAACAAGCCGUGUCACUGACAGCAACAGUGCCUGGUUUUUCUUCGCUCUAACUCGCUCACUCUUCGCCAAAGUGAGAGUUCUCCCCUGCUCGAGGCCGAGAUGCUCAACGCUGUCAUGGACGCCUUGCAGGGUUUCGGGGUGAGCACCACCCACUACCUGCAGACCAACUAUCAGGAUGCCCAGGGCUUGUUUCUCUGGGUGUCCUGGGCGGCUGACCUCAGGAACACCUUCUUUAUCUUGUUCCCACUUUGGUUUCACCUGCGGGCCUCAGUGGGCAUCAAGCUCAUCUGGGUGGCAGUGAUCGGAGACUGGCUCAACUUGGUGUUUAAAUGGAUUCUGUUUGGGGAGAGACCUUACUGGUGGGUCCAUGAGACGGCUCAUUAUGCCAAUACUGUCCCUCCUCACAUUGAGCAGUACCCCAUGACCUGUGAGACUGGGCCAGGCAGCCCGUCUGGACACGCCAUGGGAGCUGCAGGUGUCUACUACACCCUGGUGACCUCCAUCCUCGCCAUCACGACCAGCAUGAAGAAACAUGGCAGCAAGAAAUCCAGCGACAAAGAAUGGUAUCUGAACGCCAUUCUGUGGACACUGUUUUGGGGAGUCCAGGUGUGUGUCUGUCUGUCCAGGGUCUUCAUAGCUGCCCACUUUCCCCACCAGGUCAUCGCUGGUGUCAUCACAGGUAUGAUCGUCGCUGAAGCCUUCAACAGAACUCAGUGGAUCUACAGCGCCAGCAUGAAGAAGUACUUCUACACCACCCUCUUCUUGACCUCCUUCGCCGUCGGCUUCUACCUCCUGCUCAAAGCUCUGGGCGUGGACCUGCUGUGGACCCUGGAGAAAGCCCAGAUGUGGUGCGUCAGGCCCGAGUGGGUCCACCUGGACACCACGCCCUUCGCCAGCCUCCUGCGUAACAUGGGCACCCUGUUCGGCCUGGGCCUGGGCCUGCACUCACCGCUCUACACCGAGACCAAGAGGAGCGGCAGCACGCUGGCCAGAGCAGGGUGCAUCAUCAGCUCUCUGCUCCUGCUGCACCUCUUCGACUCAUUCAAGCCUCCCACGCACACCGCCGCUCUGUUCUACCUGCUGUCCUUCUGUAAGAGCGCCACCGUGCCUCUGGUCACCGUCAGUAUCAUCCCCUACUGUGUGAACGGAGCCCUGAGCCUGCAGAACAAAAAGGAACUGUGAGCAAUGAACUCAGGUUAUAAAGACUGAUGAAAUGGAGGUGCAGGGUCUCUUCCAGAUCAUAAAAAAAACUUUCCUCUGGUGCUUAGUGAAUUCAUAUGUCUAACUGAUCCUCAGGAGAAGCGGGAGAGGCCAGUGGGAAACUGUGACUGGUGGCAUUUGGACUCUGAACUCUGUGAGUACUGUGUGGCGCUAAGUGAAAGCACUAUCCAGGAUGCCCAGCGGCACUUCCCAAGACCUAUUCGGAAUUUAGAAAAAUAUGAUAAUUACAAUUGUUUCAGAGUCCUGGACAAGGACAAACAAUGAAAAUGAGUCUAGCAAGAGUCAUUUUCAGGACCGUAACGGUGACUUACAGCUUUGAUAUGCUAUUUCAAGUGUAAUAGUAAUGUUUUUUUUAAAUGUUAUAGAAAGUAUUUUUGAAACAGUAUUGAAUAUUUUUUAAU